AUGGCGAUCGAUGAAACCAAAAGCUAUUUGUAUAAUAAAUUAUGGAGGUUAUGUGCUGGACUUUUGGUUGGUCUUCCAAAAUUUGGAGAAAAAGUUUAUUACUUUCCUCAAGGACAUAUAGAGCAGCUUGAAGCAUCUACAAAUAAUGAGUUGGCCCAAAUACAACCACUUUUUAAUAUUCCUUCAAAGCUUCCAUGCAAUGUUAUUGGAAUUAAGCUAAAUGUAGAAAAAUAUACAAAUGAAUUGUAUGCCGAAGUGGCUUUGCUGCCAGAUACAGUUGAAGUUGGAAUCCCUAUUCCAAAUAGAAAUCAAGAAAAUCUACAAUUUUAUUACUUCACCAAAGUUUUAAGUGUUUCUGAUACAAGUCCACAUGGUGGAUUAUCGGUUCUAAGAAAACAUGCUCUUGAAUGUCUUCCCCCUUUGGAUAUGUCUCAUCCUACUCCAACUCAAGAAAUAGUUGCCAAAGAUCUACAUGGCCGUGAAUGGAGAUUUAAACAUAUAUUUAGAGGUGCACCGCGUAGGCAUCUUUUCACAACUGGAUGGAAUGCAUUUGUGACCGCAAAUCAUUUGGUCGCUGGAGACUGUUUUAUAUUUCUUAGAGGAGAAAAUGGGGAGACGCUAAUUGGAGCUCGAAGAGUAGCUCAUCGAGACGACAACAUACCUUCGUUACUUAUUUCUUCACAUACUAUAUACCAUGGAGGUAUAGCCGUAGGGAGAACAGUGGAUUUAACUGUUCUUGGUGGAUACAAUGAGUUGAUCGACGAGUUAGAGAAACUCUUUGAUCUUAAAGACAAAUUGCGUAUACAUAAUCAAUGGGAAAUAAUUUUCACAGACGAUGAAGAAGAUAUGAUGCUGGUCGGAGAUGAUCCAUGGCCUGAAUUUUGCAACAUGGUGAAGAAAAUAAUGAUAUGCCCAAAAGAGAAGGUGAAGAUAAUGAAAUCAUGGACACGACAAUUCUUCCAAAGUACACCGCGUAGGCAUCUUUUCACAAUUGGAUGGAAUGCAUUUGUGACCGCAAAUCAUUUGGUCGCUGGAGACUGUUUUAUAUUUCUUAGAGGAGAAAAUGGGGAGACGCUAAUUGGAGCACGAAGAGUAGCUCAUCGAGACGACAACAUACCUUCGUUACUUAUUUCUUCACAUAUUAUAUACCAUGGAGUAAUAGCUUCGGCAAUGAAUGCUAUUGAUACCAAAAGUAUGUUUACUGUGUUUUAUAAGCCAAGGUCAAGCCAGUUCAUUGUAAGCUUUGACAAAUUUUUAGAUGCAGUGAACAACAAGUUCAAUAUAAAUUCAAGAUUUACCAUGUUGUUUGAGGAUGAUGACUUUAAUGAAAAA